AAGUCGUCUGUUUAAUGGCACAGAGCCCAUUGUCUUGGACAGUUUGAAACAACAUUAUUUCAUUGAUCGAGAUGGGGAAAUUUUCAGAUAUAUAUUAAGCUUCCUAAGGACGUCUAAGCUACUGCUCCCAGAUGACUUUAAGGACUUUAAUCUUUUAUAUGAAGAAGCAAAGUAUUACCAGCUGCAGCCAAUGAUUAAGGAACUGGAGCGAUGGAAACAGGAGAAAGAACAAAGGAAACAUUUCCAGCCUUGCGACUGCUUGGUCGUAAGAGUGACUCCAGAUCUGGGGGAGAGGAUUGCACUGAGUGGGGAGAAAGCUUUGAUAGAAGAGAUCUUCCCGGAGACUGGGGACGUCAUGUGCAACUCGGUGAACGCGGGCUGGAACCAGGACCCGACCCACGUCAUCCGCUUCCCGCUGAACGGAUACUGCCGCCUGAACUCGGUGCAGGUGCUUGAAAGAUUAUUUCAGAAGGGAUUUACCGUGGCAGCGUCCUGCGGUGGUGGGGUGGAUUCCUCUCAGUUCAGUGAAUACGUGCUGUGUCGCGAGGACAGACGACCACAACCCACCCCGACGAUCAGAAUAAAACAGGAGCCCCUGGACUAGACCCUCCCCGUGCCCCUUUGUAACCGUAGAAGUGUUUAAUAGCCCCUUAUGUGAAACACUAAGGAUUUGCAAAACAGUAUUAGCAAACAGAAUUUGACUUUAUGUUGCCAAUUAGUGGUAUUCUGAAACUACCUGUCACACAGCCAGCCGUGAGAUGCGUCUGAAAACGGGCGGCGCAGUCCCCGAGCACGCUGGGCAUGGCAGGCCCAGGGAUGGACUCUGGGCCGCACGGAGUGGUGUGAACAGGCAGAGCUCCCUAAGCCCUGGACUGCACGUGUGCAGCAGGAGCGACCAGAG